AUGGAGAUAAGGCACAUCGCCCAACCUCCCAGGUUAUUGAACAUGUCAGCACCCACAACCAGGCGCAAUCGUGCCCUGGCCUCAUGUGAACCUUGCCGAGAGAGAAAAAGUCGAUGUGAUCAUGGCAAACCAGUUUGCGCCUCCUGCCAGCGUCGUGGGCUCGACUCUCGAUGCUAUUACCAUCCCGCACCUCUAACUAAAAAUCGGAGUGCACAAAGACUGACCAUGUCUACGCUACCCCGAUCAAACCUUGCUACACCAUCAUGGAGCAGGAACAGCGCAAAAUUCUGCCAGCCCCAUCCUGGACGGUCUGCUGGACCGCCCAAAUUUCACACAUGGCCUUUCAUGUCGACCGUCUCUGACACGCUGCCACAGACACCCACGCCGGGCUCGCAUGACAGCAAAGCUUACGAGGCCCAUCUAGCCACCAUGAAGGAGAUUGUGUCUCAAUUGAGAUACCUCCCAGUCAUUGAAAAGUGUCUCCAUCAAUACUACUCUUCUAAGCAUAACGCACUUGUACCGAAACCAGUCGUUCUGCACCUCCUGGAGACGCUCCGUAUAGAUCUGGUAUCUUCGGGCCAUAUUCUUAGAGAAAAGGGAGAGCGAGUCGAGUUGGGCAAUGUCUCGGAGAUAUCAGAAACUGUGCUGCUCUCUUCCUCUACAGAGGUCGUCAUCACCCCAUCCUUAGACCUGCAUGGUUUCUUCGCCUUGUUCUGUGGCCCGAAUCUUCGAGUCGAGACUAUAGGUCUUUUAUAUACUAUAGCUGCCCGUGCUUCGGCUUUUUUCGUCGACCGCGACGAGGAUAAGGAUGGCGCAUUUGUCCAAGACAUGGUUUGGUAUAGUACGUUGACCUUACGACUAGCUCGCGACCUUGCACCUCAGUCAACCGACGUCAUCAUAUGGUUAGCGAAUGAAAAUGCGCAGCUCAGAUCAUUCCUUGAAGGAGAUGCGAGCCUGGGUGUGUGGCGUUUGGUGGGCGACCUCACCACAGAUUUAUUGGCUCUGGGCUUGAACAGAGAAGCGACAUAUUCCCCUGAGAGAACCCCGUUUUUUCUUGCAGAAUGCCGGAGGAGAUGUUUUGUGACUGAAUAUUACCUCGAGAAAAUGUUCGGCCUAGUGUUCAAUCUACCUCCUCGCAUUACCUCUCGAUAUGUUGACGUCAAGCUCCCCCUUGAUUUGUCAGAUGACGAACUUUUCGCGCAAACUCCUAAGGAACUAGAGGAAGCGAAAAGUCGGCUCACAGAAGAUGGCUGGAACACGGAUGGGAAACUUAGGGCAGCAACCUGGGCUCGACUACGAUAUAUUUUGAGUCAGUUUCGGGAAGGAAUUGUGGAAUAUCAUUUUCAAGCAUCACAGGCAGCUGACCCUGCCCAGCUCAGAGAGUUGUCUUCUCGAUGUCAUCAGACUUGGGAUAACCUGCUUCCCCACCUGAGGUAUACUCAGGAUUGUUGGGAAUCCGACAUGCCUCUUACCAAUUGUUAUAUGCAUGCGAAGAUUCAUCUGGCCUACCUCCAAAUCCAUUUCCAGAUAUACCACCUCCUUGGAGAAGAUAGCUCAUCUCCGCUUCCCGAGCUGCUUGAUGUGUCUGCAAACAUAUUGGAGACAGCUGUGCAAAUGGGAAAUUCUCGCAGAAAAGGUGCCUUUACCUUCAAUGAUUUGCCUGAAAUCCUUCUGUCCUGCGGCUUGCCCUCUGCCGCAGUCCUUUCCACUGCACUAGAAAACAUUACGCAAGAUCCUUCAGGAAUCCUUCCUCCUGGUAUAAAGACAUCGGCUGUGAUUCGGAAUCUUUCCGUACUUGCAUCGCAACUGGAAAGUGUGGCUAGUUCCCGGGAAAGAAAUCAAGCGUUCUGCUUGCAGGCUGCAAAAGCUAUCACGGAGAAGUUGGACAAGAUCUUGGACAAGUUUGCGACAUCAGAGUUUCAGGCAACUCCUGAUGUCGCGACAAGCACUGAAGUGAGCCCGAUGACCCCUAAUAUUGACAGUUCCCUCGCUAGUGGAGCUGGGGAGAUUGGUGCUAUCAAUCUGGACGAUUACGAGAAUUUUGAUCUAAUGUCUUGGGCAAUAGAUUUCGACCUGGGAAACACGGCCAGCAACUGGACUAUGAUGUAA